AUGAACUUCCUACCUUGGGGGACGUUGUUCUUCAGCAUCCUUUGGGCCUCCGUGGUAUCUGCCAUUCCAUCACGAACCAUUGAUACAAGGGCUUCCAGUCCCUUUGUAAGCACCAGUGGCUCUGGCUUUGUGGUGAACGGGAGUUCAUUGAAGUACAUCGGUACCAAUGUUUAUUGGCUACCUACGCUCAACACGAACGAGGAUAUACGGAACACGCUGGCAAACAUAUCAGCUCUUGGCAUCAAGGUCGUCAGAUUAUGGGCAUUCAAUGAUGUGGAUACCAUCCCCGUGAAUGGCACUUGGUUACAGCUUAUUCAGAAUGGUACCGUUACCGUCAACAAUGGGCCAAACGGCCUACAAAAGCUUGACACAGUCAUUCAAUUGGCUGAAGAGCAAGGCCUAUAUACUCUUGAUCCCUGCAUCUUUUUGAUCAUGACUUUAGGUGGCAUGGAUACAUACGUUCGCCAAUUCGGCCUCCAAACUCAUGACGAGUUCUAUACGAAUCCGUCAGUACUAACGUCUUUCCUGAAUUAUACGACGCAAGUGGUCUCCCGCUACGUGAACAGUCCAUCGGUCUUCAGUUAUGAAUUGGCUAAUGACGCCAGGUGCAACUCUACCUUGCCAGCAUCUGCUACCUGCACGACAGAAACGAUCACGGCCUGGCAUGCGACGGUAGCUGCGCACAUCCGCAGCAUUGAUCCAAACCACCUCAUCUCUUCGGGUGUCGGAGGAUAUCUGUGUCCAGAUUGCACGAAAUUAUAUCCCCUGACAGCACCAGCACCUCCUGUAACAUCUCCGGCUCCUGGGAAAAAGAAGCGCAGCCAAGCAAAACCCGUGACCAAGAAACAAAUUCUUCGAGAACAAUCUGAGAGGAGACGCCGCAACAGAGAAGUUGCGAAGCGUGCAGGGACUCUGGUAGAAGACGGUGUACGAGUAAGAGGACGGUGGGUUUCUACAGCUACCAAGAGGCAACAGAGUUCGACUUCGGGGUCACUGUAUGACGGUUCAUAUGGCGUCGACAGUCAAGACAUCUCGAACAUUCCAGAUAUUGGAUUCUCUUCCUUCCAGCUAUUCCCCGACCAGCAAUCAUACGGUCCUGAUGACCCGAAUGUUCCGUCUUGGCAAAGUAUAGAGCAAAACGGUGCCCAGUGGAUCACCACUCAGGCCCAAAGUGCUGCUGCCGUCGGGAAACCUGCGGUGCUCACUGCCUUUGGUCUAGUUACGCAAGCCAAUGCUCCUGACUUCGUGCCAUUCAACUCUACGGUUGCUCCAUUUGCUUCUGAAAAUCUUGCGAAGCGACAAUCCACGCUUGGUUAUGGCGUGACCGACCAACAGCAAGCAACAACUUACACGACAUGGCUUGAUACUGGUAUUGCUUCGGGACUCAACGGCAUAGUGCAGUACCAGUGGGGUCAGUCCGGCCUUACAGCUGAACCGGGUACUACUAUCAGUCCCUCUACUACCACUGGAGAGUCGCCUACGCCGAGUAGCCCAGGAGAGACACCCACUCCCCAACAAACCACUGGCGAGUCCCCCAAUGAUGGUUACGCUAUGUUCGUGGUCCAAUCAUUCUAUUCUGACAUGUACUGACCUCUUCGUAGUACCGGCUCCAAUACUGUUCAGCAAAUCCUUGGGAACUCGGCCCAGUCCAUUGCCGCGGACUGAAAGACACUUGACGUUAUGUUUGAAUGAAUGCUAUAUUGACACUCUUGGAUUCAACGGACUUACGGUUCUCUCUGUUGUACAAUCUGACAAUUCACGUCACCCUUCUUGGACAUCUGUGCGGACUUCCAGUACAGUUGAUUUUUACAACAUGUAACUUUAGAAGCAUAUAUUUCGGUAGAAGUUUUUUUGUGACGUAUUAAAUCUAUUAUAUUGUGGAGACUAUGGUAUCAGCCAGAUAUAAUAAUAGUAGAACUGGUUUGCAGUUUCAAUUGAGUCAGUUCAUAAAA